GUUGAUAACGUUCGGUUGUGUACACGAUUAAAGAUACAUUAUCUUUAAUCGCCAAUCGUGGUUUCGUAAUUGUGUAAUGUACUAAUGUGUCUUGGAAAUCGAGUAAUCGACAUACGUGAAACUAUAGUUAGUUAGAACUGGAAAUAAGAAGGAAUAACACCGUAUUCUGUAGGUAUUCUACGAAGAUAGUUCUAUUAUAGUUUUCCGCAAUUUCCUAGUCGUCGCUAGUUGUUUUGUCGAUAAUUUCUCGACAGCCAUUGAUGAAUGAUUAUUGAUAAUUACAAAUUGACGCCAGAUAGACAAUAACUUCCCAGUCCACGGGCUCCACGUCAAGACAAGAGCAAAGCCCCAAGAAGUCAAGACUCAAGACUCAAAAGUGUUAUGGUAGUAGAAUAGUCAUAGGUCCGUCUCAGACUUCAAACCAGCGUUUCACAAUGAAGUAUUACAAAAUCGAAAUUAACAAGACCGAAUGGGAAGUACCCGAUAGGUAUCAAAUGCUCACUCCCGUUGGUCUUGGUGCCUACGGCCAAGUUUGCUCAGCUGUUGACAAUCAGACGGGGCUGAAAGUUGCUAUCAAAAAACUUGCCAGACCAUUUCAGUCAGCGGUUCAUGCUAAACGUACCUAUCGAGAGCUUCGCAUGUUAAAACACAUGAACCAUGAAAAUGUGAUUGGAUUAUUAGACGUGUUCACACCUGCAAAUACUAUGAAUAAUUUUAAUCAAUUAUAUAUGGUCACCCAUUUAAUGGGAGCUGACUUAAAUAAUAUCAUACGUACACAAAAAUUAUCUGAUGAUCAUGUUCAAUUUCUUGUUUACCAAAUUUUACGAGGUUUGAAGUACAUCCAUUCUGCUGGAAUAAUCCAUAGAGAUUUAAAACCAUCAAAUAUUGGUGUAAAUGAAGAUUGUGAGCUAAAAAUAUUAGAUUUUGGAUUAGCAAGACCAACUGAAAGUGAAAUGACUGGAUAUGUGGCUACCAGAUGGUACAGAGCACCUGAGAUUAUGUUAAACUGGAUGCAUUACAAUCAGACAGUUGAUAUUUGGUCAGUAGGCUGCAUUAUGGCUGAACUUUUGACAGGAAGGACAUUAUUUCCUGGCACAGAUCGUAUCCUUUUAAAUAAUUUUAAGUCUUCU